AUGGGAUUAAGAAAACGAAAAGCCGCCGAAAAUGAAACUGCCGCUGAUGUACAAAAGAAACGUCGGAGAUCUCCAAGUUCACGCACCACGCAGCUCAAAAAAUACAAGACUCCGAAUGAACCGUCGACAUUCACUGCCAGUGGGACCUCGUUCACCAUGGGCAUGGGAGAAGUGGGACAGUUAGGACUGGGUCCUGAUGUCAUGGAAGCCAACAGAGUAAGCAAGAUUAACUUGAAAGAUCCAAUCCCGUUCAAAAAAACUGAGGAGGAAGAAAACUGUUUUACCGCAGAUAAGGUUCUGGGCAUUGAAGGAUGUGUUGUGCAGAUCGCUGCGGGUGACAGUCACUCAGUUGCCCUCACAAACAAGGGACAUGUCUACAUAUGGGGAACUUUCAGGGAUAACAGUGGUGUUAUUGGAAUGAACAAAGAUGAUAAAAAUGAUGUCAGACAUCAAAUAUUAGAGUUGAAAAUAGAAAAGCCUUCACUGAUUUUGAGUGAUCAGAUUAUAGUAAAAAUUGCUUGUGGAUGUUCACACUUAUUGUGUCUCUCAAAUAAAGGCGAUAUUUUUAGUUUAGGUGCUUCAGAUUGCGGUCAACUGGGCAGGGUGGCUGAAUAUUUUGCACAGAGAGGUGGACGAAGAGGGCUGAGUAAAAUCCUGACUCCUGGAAAAGUGUCUUUCAGCAAGAAAACAAAAUGUGUUGACAUAUGGGCGGGGGCUUACAUAUCAUUCGCCAGAACUACUGAUGGUGCAAUAUGGGCCUGGGGUCUAAAUAAUUACUUUCAACUAGGAUUUCCAGACAUGAGGGAUCGAUUUACUCCGGAGAUAAGUCCCAGUUUUGAUUCAUCUAUCGAGUGGAAGCAGAUUGCUUGUGCUGAGCACCACAUCAUUGCCAUUGAUGCAACUGGAAAGUCGUACAGCAUGGGUCGAAAAGAGUACGGUCGAUUGGGAUUAGGAGAAGUGAAGGAAGAUGUGAAAGAGCUGGCGUUGAUAGAUACCUUGGCAGAUAAGAAGGUACUGUCAAUUAGUGCCGGGGCGUCGGUUUCUUAUGCAGUCGAUGACCAGGGCGUGCUGUAUGGAUGGGGUAUGGGCAGCACCUUUCAACUUGGCAAUGGAAAUGAUGAGAAAGAUGUCUACACUCCAAAGCCUAUCACAGGAAAACAGCUUGAAAAAAUGAGUUGCGUAAUGGCGUCAGCUGGAGGACAGCACACUCUUGUUCUUGCUUCUAGCAAAUGA